CCUCCACCCUUCCAUCACUCGGCCCCAUCUGGCACACAUUACUGCAGAUGGUGUGUGUGUGUGUGUGUGGGUGGGUGUGUGUGUCUGUAUACUGUGUGUUGGGCACUUAGCCCUAGCUAUGGCUCUGCCACUUUCUGGACCCACAGGAAAUUCCAGAGCUGUGAACGGGUACGUCCAUCAACUGCCUGCCAAAUUACGUGCCUGGUGUACACACGCAAAUCUGUAGAAAACAGCGACACUUUCCCAUGAGCAUACAACUCUCUAAGCAAAUGUGUGUUGUCAGGAUGUUAUCCCGAAAUGAGGAGUGCUUUAGUUAUUACCCCCGAAAACCUUAUCAUCCCAACACACUCUGAACACAACAAAAACAACGGGGAAAUUAUGCCCUAUCAAGUGAUGUAGAGUGAAUUGAAGGAAGCUAAGCUGUGCUGAGGAAUAAUGCAGAGCAGGGAAGUUCCCUUCCUCUCUGUGCUGGCUGGGAACAGUGUCUUGUUUCCGUCAUGGAAUAUGAACAGAGAGGACAGACCCAUCAUGCUGCAGCCCUCCUUGAUUAAACUGUAAAUGAGGCCUGAAAUCAGUCGAGCUCUGUUUUGAGACAUGUAAUAACUUCCCACAUGGAAGAAUUUCUGGCGAAAUAUUCAAGACUAUUCCAGACUAUCUUUGGGCCAAUUUAAUGCUAAAUGUUUAAGGACUGAUAAAGCCAGUGCUGUGAAAGACCAUUGUUCAAUUAUGCCUAUGCUGUGUGAAGCUAGUUUUUUAUAUUUAUCUAUCUAUCUAUCUAUCUAUCUAUUUAGUUAGUUAGUUAGUUAGUCCCACUUUAUAUGAAGUAUCUGUAAUAUCUAGUAUACAGUUGUAAAUACUCAUGUAUCAGCAGUUUUGGCUAAUGUGAUCCAUAUAUAAGCAUAUCUGGACAGUAACAGGACAUCAGGUCUCUUUCAGGUAUAACAGGGUAGGGGGAAAUUAAAUUUGUAUGAACUGUUGUUUUUCAAAUAAGGUUUUAAUUCUGUCCACUUAUGUUAAAGUAAAAUUGUAUGUAGAAAAUGUAGAACUCCUCUGUAAUUAUUGAUUCAUCUGAUUUGAGUGGGUUUGAAUUUUAGAACACAAAUAUGGCACAUAAGUUUUACGUAAGUGUUUCACAAGUUGUACUGAUCAUGUUCUGAAGUUGAUAUAGUCAAGCUGUACUUAUGUACUGAAGUUGAUAUACAGUACAUCAAUUUACAUAAGCUGUAAAUCCAUCUACUGUAUUCCAUCUGUGUCAAUGUACAACAUCCCUAGUGGAUAUAUUAAUGUCACCGCUGUAAUAUAUAUGGAACUACACAGGUAUUAGGGACUCUUAAUAUAAAGUAGGUCCUUUUUGUAAACCAUGUGCUAAAGAAAUUCAUUUUCAGCUCUUUUUUUUUUUAACUUCAGUGUUUGGGUCAUACAUAAUGUUUUACAUUUUAACAUUCCUAAAUUUUGCAGUCAGUACAGGCUUCACUGAUAUAAAGCUCCACUUCCAUAUUUAGCUAAGUCUCACACAUGGCCGCUGUCUAACCUCUGCCACUAAAAACAAAUGCUCAGACCAUUUGUAUAAGAGAGACAGAGGUGAUGACUGGUACUGGGCCCCUGGCAGACAGAAAAAAAACAGGCAAACAGCACUUGAUUGCAGGUAUGACAUAAUCAGAUACAAAUGUCCUAGGAAUAUAUUAAUGUUUGUUUAACACUAAAAGAUGAAACAUGAAAGUUGACCAAUCUAUGACCAUACUGAUUCCUGUAUUUGAGCUUCUAACUGCACAAACAUGUUUGGUCUUAUUCUUUAAUGUUCCUAUACUUCAGAGUGUGCAAACAUCGUCAACAUUAUCAUACUCCUUUAUAGAUACACACUUUCCCAUUGUGGAGUUGUUUGUGCAGUCUUUCACAAAGGUAAAAGGUCCAUAGUGUGGCUCUUCUGAGGCCAUGCCGCAGGAACAGGAUUGGAAGAUAAGACCUGGCUCAGACAGCGUCCUGCAGUGCGGCUUACACAGCUCUAGGCAGACAGACAGGAUUUUCCCAGCACCUCAAACACACCUCUGUGAGUCUGCACUCCAUCCAAGUGUUCCCCUUUCAAUCUCUUGCACAUUUCCCCACUUCUGAUGAAAGCUUAACUGACUUUCACGGGUGGGGAUGGCUGCGUUACAGAGCAGUUCAUGCUGAGUUCAUUAAUUAUUGGCUUGGAUUGCGUCGCAGUAAGUCUGACAUGAAAGCUUCAAUGGUCUCAGUGUGAUCAUUAAAUGAAGGUAAGGUAGGUUAAGUGGGAGGCUAAAUUAUUCAUAGGACUCACAACAAUUCAGUGAACCAGGAGCCAAAGGAUACAGGAUAGAUUUUCAUGAAUUAAAACGAGGAAGAUAACAUCCGCUCAGAGGCACACUACAGUUCAGGCAAUGUCAUCGAUCAUUUCUGUGAAACUUUUCUGAAUUGGCAUCCUAAUUUGGUCAGACUUCAUGGGAAACUAUCUAUGGAGAACCUCCAGUUUUCCAUAUGUCCUUGCUGCUUUAUAUAUUUGACACGUGUAAAAUUUAAGCCAUAUUUGGUAGCAUACAGGGACUCCAGAAUGCCUACGCUAUGACUGCUUUGUUUGUGUUUUCAGCUAUAAUGUGUGUUAACAUCUGUGAACUCUAUUUAUAGGAUCUGUCUGCUCUCUGCUCUCAUCUACUCCAAACUUUCACAUAGUUUUCAUACAGCCAGUGCAUGACUUCACAAAAAUAGUUUGGUGUAAAUGCCUAUAAAUGUUUAAAGUCCCAGGGAACGUAAUUCUGUGAUUGAUGUUGUGUUUAUGGGCACAUGAUAUGCAGUUGUAAUAAUUGCGUCUUGGCACUCUCUACAUGUGUUUUGCUAAAUUGUUGCUCCUUUUGGGUCUUGUGGGUAAAAAUGGCAUAAGCUGUACUGUCACCAAUCACAAUGUUGUUGUUGUGUGUCCUUCUUACAAAGCUUUAAUCAAAAUGACAGUACGACAUGUUAUGACAACCCAGUGAGCAAUCACAGCCUACUUUUAUAAUACUCUAGGUUGCGUGUAGGAUUAUAUCUCAGUUAUACUGAGCGAAUGCUACGAGAACAUGUGCACACCACAACAAGUCCUGCUAAAAGUUAUUUUGUCUCUCCAAUAUCUCCAAUAUCUGUUUUGUUUUCCAUCCGAUUAAAUGUUUGCCCUUGUUUGGCCUGGCAUUGGACAUUGUGCACAUAGUGUCUAACUGUGGUUCAGUCCUUUUCCUACACCCCAUGUUGCCGGCUCAGAGACGACGUUUUUUUAGGCGCAGUCAUAGCUAUUGAGAGACUUACGACCUCUCUGUUUAUUACUUUUCCCUCUUGGUGGAACUGGAUGCAGCUCCCUGUUCUGCCUGAUGUGAUGAACGCUGCAAGGAGCCAUGCAGUGUGCCAGCAGCCUCCUGAAUUUGGCUGUCCCAAGCAUGUUUUUCCUUCCGAUGGUUUUGUCGAAUAGAACGUAGUGUUUUUCUGACCCCUGCAUGGCCAUUUAGGAGCCAUACACAAGCAAUAUGAAGCUGGAUCUACAUCCAAAGACGCAACUUUUCAAGCCAAGGGGAACAUGGGUUCAGGAUGGUGACUCAGAACUGUGUUUGGUUCUGGAGACAUGACAGUGACUCAGAACUGGGUUUGAUUGAAGAACGGCUGUGGAGGAAUGCCUGGUUCUCAUUCGUCUUGUCCUUGCUGUGAAGCACAUGUUUCGUCCUCCUGUGUUCCCACUGCUAACUAUGAACUGGCUCCCAGCAACGACAUCCCACUAAAACAUGUAGAAACUACGGGCUCGACGAAAUCUUCCAAGAGCAUGGAGUCACGCCGGAGACCGUCCAGCCGGAGCGUGAGUCUGAUCCAGACGAUGGAGGAGAACUAUGAGGUGGACCUCGUGUACAUCACAGAAAGGAUCAUUUCUGUGUCUUUCCCAAGCAGCGUGGAGGAACAGGGCUACAGUGCCAACCUCAAAGAAGUGGCCAGCAUGCUCCGCUCUAAACACGGAGACAACUACUUGCUCUUCAACCUGAGUGAAAAACGAUAUGAUAUCUCCAAACUGCAUCCCAAAGUGCUGGACUUUGGCUGGCCCGAUCAUCAUGCUCCAGCUUUGGAUAAGAUCUGCAGCAUAUGUAAAGCCAUGGACACGUGGAUGAGUGCCGACAGCCAUAAUGUUGUGGUUCUGCACAACAAGGGAAAUCGAGGGAGAACGGGGGUAGUUGUGGCUGCAUAUAUGCAUUAUAGCAACAUUUCUGCAAGUGCGGACCAGGCUCUGGACAGGUUUGCCAUGAAGAGGUUUUAUGAAGAUAAAGUACUUCCUGUGGGUCAGCCUUCCCAGAAAAGGUAUGUGCAGUAUUUCAGUGGGCUGCUCUCUGGCCACAUUAAGAUCAACAACAAGCCUCUGUUCCUGCAUCACGUCAUCAUGCAUGGCAUCCCCAACUUUGAGUCCAAAGGAGGCUGCCGCCCUUUCCUCAAGAUCUACCAGGCCAUGCAGCCAGUCUACACAUCAGGGAUCUAUAAUGUCCAAGGCGACAGUCAAACGAGCAUCUGCAUAACAAUUGAACCCGGGUUGCUGCUGAAAGGAGACAUUCUGCUCAAGUGUUAUCACAAGCGCUUCCGCAGCCCUUCCAGAGACGUCAUUUUCAGAGUGCAGUUUCAUACCUGUGCUGUCCAUGACCUAGGCCUAGUCUUUGGCAAGGAUGAGCUGGACGAGACAUUUAAAGAUGAUAGAUUUCCUGAAUAUGGAAAAGUAGAGUUUGUCUUCUCAUUUGGGCCAGAGAAAAUUCAAGGAAUGGGCCACUUGGAGAACGGCCCCAGUGUUUCUGUUGACUACAAUACCCAGGAUCCUCUGAUUCGCUGGGACUCCUAUGAAAACUUUAAUCAACGUUUUGAAGACUCAAUGGAUGACGUCAUUCACAUGCAAGGUCCUCUGGAUGGUAGCCUCUAUGCUAAAGUCCGUAAGAAAGAGUCCGUGGAUGCUACAGCUAACGGCCUUCCCGCAGCAGUCGAGCCCAUUGUCGAACACACUCCUGCCCCAGUGGACCACGCUCUGUCUGUUAGCAGUGACUCUGGAAACUCAACAGCCUCCAUUAAGACUGAUCGCACUGAUGAAACUGCCCAGCAGGCAGUGCCGGUGAUCCAGCAGCCCAGUCAGCCCCUCAGUCCAGAGGAGAAGCAAGAGCUGGAGCAACUGCUCAGUGGCCUGGAGGCUCCCAUGCACCAGCCAGGUUACCAAAAUAGCCAUGGGGGAGGAGGUGGAGGUGGUAUCCUCCACUUGGUUCCAGCUCAGGUCCAUGUUAAUGGACACAACAGCAUAGAUAGGGAGACAGACAUCCUGGAUGAUGACUUGCCCAACAGCCAAGAAGGCAACAGUGUGGACAGCCUGGGUACUCUGUCCUCGCUUGAGGGUCGAGCCACUCCGGCUGACCUGUACUACCAACCUGAGACAGUGAUCAAUGGGCAGGGAGUGCCCUACUUGGAGGGAAGCGGGCAUGGAAAAGAGACAGAACCUGUAACACUACUUUACGGCUCUUCCCCUGAAACUCAGGAGAGUCUGGGCAACUCAGAGCUACCAUCCAGCAGUUAUGCCAGCCACAAUGGAGGCAUCUGUCGCUCACAGUCUUUUGGAGCGACACCCAACACCGAACAGAUGCUCAUGCCCAAAGCUCCAGCACGUACCACCAGCAGCAGAGAUGCCGUGCAGCGGGGGCUUAACGUCUGGCACCAGUUUGGUGUUCCAGAGGAACCAGUUGUAGAUGGGGUACACUUCAGCCCUGCACUCCAGAGCCACAGUCUGCCCGAGUUCCCUAAAGCUCCUUCUCAGAAUGAAAUUGAACAAUCCAUUGAGGCUCUCAAUCUGCUCAUGCUGGACUUGGAUCCUGCUCAUAUGCAAGUUCCCAAGUCCUACAGUGCCCCUUCUGGUGAAGGCACUGUGAUCACAACCCAGCCAUCCUUCUCCCAGACACAGGCUCGACCUUCCUAUCAGGCUGAUACUGCUAUACAUUCAAUGAUUGAAUACUCACAGCCCCAGCAACAUACCUCCCCUGCCCAAAAAGCUCCAUCUACAUUGCAGUCCCAACUUACAGAACCCUCUCUGAGAAGUCCUCAGAGGUCAGCAGUUCCAUGCCAUCCCUCAGUUCCAGAUCCUGCUGGUCUGAUCCAAUCUUCUGGACCCUCUCCUACAGUUAGCAGUCUGGAGCUUAAGCCCCUUAACACUUAUCCCCCCAGCACAGCCUCUCAGUUUCCUGAUCCUCCAGAGGCCAGCUCACACACUGCCCCCUUCAGGAGUUACACAACCUCCUCCCCGCUCCCUGGACAGGCUGAACCUGAGAACGAAAACCACAACCUGGAAGGGCUUGUUGCUCACCGUGUUGCAGAGUACAUGGCUCGUAUCCACGACCUCAAAGACAGAACAGCCACUUCUGAACCUGACAACCGCCGCCGCUCUCUCUCAUUCUCUGGGGUACAAUCUCAUGAGGCAUCAACUGAUGAAGGCUCAGGACCAGGACGACACCGGACUACCAGUGAAGGACAGUCCCGUGAUGACAGCCCUACACGAGUCCGCUCCCCUAUUCGCUGCAUUUCACCAGAACUGGCUAAUACCAUUGCUCUAAACCCAGGGGGGCGGCCAAAGGAGGGACAAAUGCACAGUUACAGGGAGGCAUUCGAAGAGAUGGAUGGGGGUCCAGUGAGCCCUCCAGCAUCUGUGGGCGGUGAGGUCCCUCCCCAAACCCCUGCAUUCCCUGUCUUGCCACAAACCCCUUACUUCAACCUGUGCCGUUCUCCUCCAGGUUUGGCUAAAACACCACUGUCCUUCCUGGGUCUGAAGCCACACAACCCAGCUGAGAUCCUUCUCAACCAGACAGGCUCAGAGCCCCGGAGCUAUGUGGCAUCUGUUGCUCGUUCAGCUGCAGUGGCUGGGGGACAGCCAUCCAGUCCUGUGUCUCCUACUUUUGAGAGUGGCAGUUUGGCCAGAGGAGCUUCUCAUCCCUUUAACCCCCCACUGUCCUGCAGCAGCCCUGUGCAAAGACCAGAGGGAGAGCAUGCCACAGCUGAUAUCAGAGUGGGCCUAAGCACGCCAUCUGAUGGAGUGGGAGACUCUGGUUUCCGCUCUUUGCCCUCCCAGAGCACUUCACAAACUCCAACUUCCUAUCCUUCAUACCAAACACCUGGCAGCCUUUCAGGCAGCUUUAUCACUCCUGAUCUUAAUUCCUCCCCACCAGAGCAUGUUCAAAUGAGCACCAUUGGUAGCCAUCCCAUGCCUAGCAGCCCUGGCACACAUCACCAUACCAUAUCCACUGACACAUCAUCCAUUCCUGCCCACCAGCAAAGACUUGCCAAUCAUGAUGGUCCCAUUCUCAGCCAUCAGCCUUCCCCAUCUAAUGGCUAUCAGCCUGCAGCAGCUGGCAGCCCAGUGCUUCCAAGGCAUGGCAUGGUUUCACAGGCGACACAAAGUAGCCCACUGCUGAGUAGACAGAUGCCCAUUAGCCAGGGCACACAGAGCAGCCCCACCCUGAGCAGGCAAGGUUUCCCAAGUGGGUACCAGCCAUCUCUUGCCCAGCCUAUGAUUCAGCCCAACCAAAGCAGUCCAGUGCUGACCAGACAGAUGCCUGUAAGCCAGGGCACACAGAGUAGCCCCACUCUGAACAGACAAGGUCUUCAAAGCCCCUCAAUUGGGUAUCAGCCAUCCCUCACCCAGUCUGUCAUCCAGCCCAGCCAGAUCAGUCCAGUGUUAAGCAGGCAGACAUCACUCACCCACCCUGGCCAGAGCAGCCCCAUCCUGGGACGCCACCCCUCUGUCACUCAGGUGUCCCAUGGAAGCCCCAGCCUGGACAGGCACCCGAUGCACAGUGGCUACACCACGCCAGAUGAGAGACAUGGUGCCCUGUCACGCCAGAGCAGCUCAUCGGGCUACCAUCCACCCUCUACCCCAUCCUUCCCUGUCUCACCUGCUUCCUACACUGAUAGCUUCAGGCAACCACAGCUGCCCGAGAAAAGGCGCAUGUCGAGUGGCGAGCGCCCAAAUGGUGUACUCUCCUACAGCACCCUCAAUGGAAAGGUGUCAUCACCCAUGUCCAGUGGAGGGAGCACUCCAAGUGUGCACUUCUUCCAUACACUUCCAGAUUUCUCUAAACUCAGCAUGUGUGAUGGAAGCCCUGAGACCAGGCUGAAUGUAAAGUUUGUCCAAGACACUUCCAAGUUUUGGUAUAAACCAGACAUUUCCAGAGAGCAAGCUAUUAAUAUCCUGAAGGAGAGGGAGCCAGGUGCCUUCAUCAUCCGAGACAGCCACUCCUUCAGGGGUGCCUAUGGUCUGGCCAUGAAAGUGGCCUGCCCACCUCCUACAGUACAGCCACCUAAAAAAGGUGACAUCACCAACGAGCUAGUUCGCCACUUCCUGAUUGAGACGAGUCCAAAGGGCGUGAAGCUGAAGGGAUGCCCCAAUGAACCCUACUUUGGCUGCCUAUCUGCAUUAGUGUACCAGCACUCCAUUACUCCACUGGCUCUGCCCUGCAAACUGGUCAUACCCACAAAAGACCCCAAUGAGGAGAUAACAGAAGUUGCCACUCCAGUAAACCCAGCUACAGAAUUGCUCAAACAGGGUGCAGGGCAGAAGAGUCCUGUUGAUUCCCAUGCAUGCAACGUUCUGUACAUAAACUCAGUGGAUAUGGAGUCUUUGACUGGCCCACAGGCCAUUGCCAAGGCAAUCUCAGAGACCAUGGCAUCCAACCCUGCACCCACUGCCACUGUGGUCCACUUUAAGGUGUCAUCACAAGGCAUCACCUUAACAGACAACCAGAGAAAACUUUUCUUCCGACGUCACUACCCCAUCAACACAGUCACGUUCUGUGACCUUGAUCCCCAAGAAAGGAAGUGGAAUAAACCAGAAGGUGGCACUGCAAAGUUUUUUGGUUUUGUGGCCAGGAAGCAGGGAAGCACAACAGAUAACGUCAGUCACCUGUUUGCAGAGUUGGACCCCGACCAACCAGCCACCGCCAUUGUAAAUUUUGUCUCCAAAGUGAUGAUUGGCUCCCAAAAGCGAUGAGCUACUCUGGGAUAUUCUGCUUCUCCUGGAGGACUGACUUCCCCUGCAUUUUCAUUCUGAUGUAUUCAAAUCUUUCAUUUUGUGUGUGUGGUAAUGCUUGGGCGAAUAUUGGAGUGUAGGUCCAGGUGUCAAUAUGAGCUUGCAUGUGUGUGUGUGCGUAUGUAUCAGAAGGUGUGUUCAGAUGGAAUAGGGAGUUGAGCUCAGAUGGGGACAGAGGAAGUGCAAUGAAGAGGAGGAGUCAUGUGGUGAGGAAAAGGAGAGAGGCGAAAUUCACCUCUCUGCAGGGUUAACUUUAGAUAAGAGGGAUGGAUGUCAUAGAGUUGCUUUUUUAAUAAAAAGGGAAAAAGGAAAAAAAAAGGUUGAUGAGACUGAUAUCAGGCUUUUGAAUUAACAUACCAAAGAUGAGACAGCUGUCAAGAUAAACAUGUAAUUAUUUGGAGGACUUUUUGUUUGUAAAAUAAGACUGCUUUUUCAGAUGAUAUUACGUUCCUGUCUAUACAUAAAUAUCAAUAUUCUUUUGCUUUCUGUGAAAAUGACAUCUGUAUUCUCUUGUUAGAAAUCCAAAAUAUUGUGCAUGUUAUCCCUUGUGUCCAGGCAUCACUGGCUCGCAUGGAGCAUGUUGGAUUAAGAACGGCUUUACAUAUACAUGGAAGAACAAACAUUUCACUAGCAAAAAAUGUGGGCCAGAUUCCACUUUUCCCUCAUCCUUUUUUCUGAUAUCAGUCUCUCUUAAAGGUUUCUUUCUUUCAGUCUUCAGCAGUGUAGAAUAAUCUUCAAAAUUAUAACAUCAGUCUAGUCACUUUGGUCUGUAGAUGUUGUGCUCACCAGUGUCAUCUCUCUCUCUUGCUCGCUGUCUCUUUCUGUCUGUGCUCUCUUCCCUUGUCUUCUGGUCACACUUAUACUCAUCGACUCUUCCUAACGUGAGAGCUGGUCCAUUUUCCAAUGCUAUACGGACUUCAAUUCAGGUCCAAGCAGUCAGUGUAGUGCACCUGGUGCAGAUUUGGAUUUAUUAGUGCAUAAAGUAUCCACAGGCCUUAUUCAAAACACACACACACGCACAUUUACAUAGACAUCACACCCCAAAGUAAGCUAAAUGUAUCUAAAAAAGUAUGUCUAAAAAUGACUUAAAUGAAUAUUUAUUAUUUUGCUACAUUGAUCUAUGUUAAUUCAUAUACUUGCAUAUAUUGUAUAGUCUACAGAAAGAUUACAAAAAAAGAAAAGAAAAACAAAACAACACAAAAAAACUAUUUUGGCUAAGAUUUCAAAAUCAGGCGGUUUUGAGACGUAUUUAGUUAUGUAUGAUGUAAAGUGUAUGUAUUUGAAAACUUAUCAUUGUGUUUUGGAUAUUUUUUUCACUGCCUUGGUUUCUUUAUUUUAGGCUUUUUUUAGGAGCUGACACUGUUUUUGUAGAGGGGAGAAGGAUGUACACGUUUUGCUAAAAGCUGAUAUCAUACGCUUUUAACCAUGCUUCACAUAUAAAUUGGAUUGUACACAAAGUGCAAGUGUUUUACAGCAUAUAUAGAGAGUUGCUCUGCUAACACAUCUUCCUAUUAAUAUGUAUUUGUUUUCCCUAUACUUCACACUAUCCAAUAAAGAAACGAGCAAAAAAAUGUUCUCCCUUACCAGGAAAUAUCCACAGUGCCCCCAUGAGGCAUAGUUAGGUGUUGCAUCUUUUCUCAUUUCCUCACAUUUCAGAGCCUCCUAAUUAUUUGGGGAAUUACUGCAGUGUUUUAACUGUAAUUAAAAAAAAAAAUCUUAAGUCAGACGGGUGUUUUCGUGUUUCUUAUGCCAACCUUCCCAUGAAAAUCCCACCGUUUCCAUUAUUACAGGGGUGUUUAAAGCAAAAAAAAAAAAAAAAAAAAAAUCUGUUUCUUUGACUGUGUAAAUAUUUUAUUUUGCCAAAGAUUUUAUCUCACUUUUGUAUACCUUUUGUGUUUGAGUAUUGAUCACUCUCAAGUUGAUUGAUGGGCCGAAGUGUGGCUCAUUGUUUUUGGUGAGGAGGAGCUUCCAUUCAGUACAGAGACUGGCUUUAGCAUGAAAAUGCAUCUGGCUGCUCAGGCCAUAUUCCUUUAGCCUUAAGAACUACUCCAGUAAUAAUGCAAAGCACUUAACAUUCACAAGCUGGCAGAAGAGCAGCAAGAAAACUAUUAAAUGUGUUGUAGAGAUUUUUGAAAAUCUUCCUUCAGCAUUCAAACAGUAUGAAUAGUAAAGUGCACAUUAUAAAUCAUAUGCUUGUAUGCAUUGCUUGUCUUAUUACACGUUUCACUUGACCAUUAGGCUUAGAACUGUUCACUUACUAUUUAUUGUGUAGCUGACAAUAUGUUUCAAGAUUUUGAUUGUAAUGCCUUUUAAAAAAUCUCCCUCUCCCAUAUUUCUGUGUUUAAGUCAACAGUGAUACUUCUUUCCAUGUGCCCAGUUAUUAUAGCUCUUGGCCUAGAAUGUGUGAAUGUGCUACUAUUGCUGUACAGAACCAUGUGUUAUUUGCAUUAUAUUGUAUGGCUUAAUUGUUUUUGCAAGACAAAAAAUACGUAUUAAAAAGCAACCCAACUCAGAUACAUUAAAGAACACUGUUACUUGGA